AUGGCUUCUUACCAGUGUGAUCGAUGUCUGAAACAGUUUUCGUCCUAUUAUAAUGUCAGGCGACAUAAGGCGAGCCAUUGUGCAUAUGCAAAGAUUGACGAUAAUACCUCGAUGGAUGGAGGAGGAAGUAGCUACUCAGAUGAACAAAGUGUGGACUCUUUUCCAGACGAAGAAAGUGUUACGGAAACUGAGGAAGAUGAAAACAGUGAGAAUUCCGAAGAUGAUGGUGAAAUAAAGGAAGAGAUUGAUCCUUGGGCAACCAUGAUUGACGAUGCAAAGGCGACCGUUCGACCAGAGUAUGAUGAAUUUAUGAAAACGUUGCAAAUGGAUGGGCAAGAAGAAAGUGCAGCUAAGCAGAAAGCCUUUGAAAACGUUCUCCCUGAACUUCAGAAAGAAUUCGCUGACGUUUACGUGGAUAAUUUACGAUGGAUGAAUGCACUUAAAAAUGAUGCUGUGCAUAGAAAGAUUAUGGAAACGAAGGAGACAUUAGCGAACGAAGACUCGUUUGAUCCUGAUGAAGCUUUAUCUGCAGCGGUUGACAAAAGAAAGUUUCUGUUGAAACAGCUUUUAGAAGAUCAAGGACGUUUUUCAGAUGGUGAUGAAUCGAUGUAAUGUUUAUGUGAAAUAAAUAUUUAUUAAAACUGUAUUGUGCCUUGUUUCAUUGCAACAAUAAGUCCUUGUAGAAAAAUGGACAUUAGAGUUUAGCCGUACCUUCUACCGGGCUAUCGGGCCUAAUCGGGCCAAAAAGUGCCAUUUCGGGCCUAGUCGGGCCUUAAUGCGAAGAAUGCGAAGCAAAAUGCGAAGAAUGCGAACCAAAAUACGAAUAAUGCGAAGCAAAAUGCGAAAAAUGCGAAGCAAAAAGCGAACCAAAAUGCGAAAAAUACGAACACGUAUACGUACCCCGAGGGAAGCCUUGGGGAACCCCUAAUUUAUGCAAGCAAAACAGUAUCAUAGCAACAUUAUUUCGCUCUAAAAUCAUUUGCACAGUUCACAUGCGUAUAGGCUCAUUCGUAAUGUCCCACAAUCAUUGCAUCAAUCGUCUAUGACGUACAUAGAUACAAAUCUCUUGCUGUGUAUAUAAACUGUUGAUGAUAUUCACGAGUAAUAGGUCUUUUAGCUCAAUAAAUUUUUACUACGUUUUUGGUGUUAUGCUACCUGCUUUCCGAAUUAAAACCACUCUUUAAUGAGAGGUUGGAAUGCUUUACGUUUUCUCGGCUGAAAAUUAGACACGUAUAAACACAUUUUUAUAGCAAAGUAAUGAACUAAGACAUUUUAUAUAUUGUUCUGAAAAACAAUUUAAAACUUUAAACUACACUUAAAAGUGCCCUUAUGCACAAUGUUCUCCGCUCCAAUACAUCAGGUAGCUCAAAAUAGCCUGGAAGCCUGAAAAAUUUCCUCUCAAAUUCGCCCAAAAAUCAAAUAGACAUUGCUGCAAACAGAUCAUGCCUAUCAUAUAAACCUUCCAUUUUAAAAUAAAUAUUUUUUUCCUCUGCGAAAGCUGUGUAAACACUACGCUCUUGUACACUCGAAGACCUCAAUUUAUACAGUAUAUUAAAUCCGGUUCGAACUGGUAUUGUAGCGCUUAAUACAAGGAUCAUAUUUUUUGACAAUAAACGUUAUGCGACAAAUGUUUAUGCGACAAAUACUUGCUGACGCCAUCCCAAAAUUCCAAAAGAUCACGCGACAAAUGUUACGCGACAAUGUUCCAAAAAUGACGUCACUCUUAUCCCUAAAAAUGCUGACGUCCUAUGGCGGGAAAAAUGCUGACGUCACUUCCGCCGCUAUAUGGGGGGUUUCAUCUACUAACGUAUCAUUCUUGAUACCAAUCGAUUCGGUCUCCCAGAAUCUUUGAAAACUAUCUGUCAGAUUAUCAUCUCGUUUGAUACUGCCGGGCAAUAGAUAAGUUGCAGGUUCUUCUCGUUCGAUUACUAAGUGCGAUAAUGUUGCAUUGUUAUUUUUUUCCAGUGUCUCUCGAUGGCCCAGAGAGAACCCAUCCAAAUUUGCUGUUAACAGCCACUGGACCACCUUCUCCUCUUACAAUUUCCCCAAUUACAAUGUCGUAA